AUGAGCGAUAAAUCCAGGAGAUCCUUUCUUUUUGGAAUCACUGCUGUGCUAAUAUUUUGCUCAUUCGCUACAGUAGAGUCUCAAAGAUAUAUGUGGAUAUUCGCAAGCAUAUGUGCAUCCAUACUGCUAAUAAUUGACUUGAUGUUUUUUGGCGUUGAUAAAUUUAACUACGAUCCAUUUUACUCGUAA